AGAUCGGCCAUCUUGUACAAGAAGGCAGUCUCUCAGGUGGGGGAGGUCUGGAAGGGAGCCAGACUGGAGGCCGUGGCCAAGGAGGAUCUUCCCCUUCGUCCUAGGGCUCGAGUCUGGCUGCCGGCCGAACCUUCCACUCCGAGUGAGAUUGAGGAAAUCCUCAAAUAUUGCAAUCCCUCACUUCCAGCGCAGGACUGGAAAGUCUUAUGGCUGGAGAGGACUGAUGAACCGUAUCGGCAAGCGCUGAUAAUGCUAAACACGGAAUCCAUCGGUCCUCUCAGCAAAACAAAGGGAGCCAUAAGCUAUGGUUUUGAGAUGGUAGUGCUGAAAGUACUUCCAUCUGAUGCCAGGGCUGAUGGCCCCCAAGCUGCGGUGCCUGCGGUGGAGGUGUCGAAGGUUACUGACGGUCAAACGACCGUGGAAAUCGGUGCGACAGAGGGCGCCAACGGUCAAAUGACCGUGGAAAUCGAUCCGGAUCUCUCGGAUGUGGCGAGUGUUGGGGGCGGUUCGUCGAUUGGCGACUCCGUCUUCAGCCUCGAACGACUGUUUGAGGAGGUUCGGGUCGACCACGACUUGGGCGCUGAAAUAGCGCUCCUGGAGGAAAGUCUGAAGGAUGAAAUUCCUCCAGAUUAACCUCCAGCAUGCGAAGGCGGCCUCCGCCAAUCUAUUGCUCCGUCUGGAACAAGAUGGAGCUGAUGUCGUCCUGAUCCAGGAACCGUGGCUGACUGGUAACGGGAUAUCUGGAUUGAGGACAAAGAGCCACAGGCUCCUGUCGGCCAAGGGUGCAGGUAGGAACAGAGCCUGUAUGCUGGUAAGGAAUGAAUUAACGGUAUUUCUUUUACCUAAUUUCAGCAGUGCUGACAUUGUGACAGCGAAACUGGAGUGUGACACCGGAGAUUUCUGGCUUAUCUCCGCAUAUAUGCCACACGAUGAUGUGGUGGAGCCACCUCCCCUAAUGCUGAGAAGGACCUUAGCCGAAGCGUCUAAGGCUGGCACUGGCGUCAUCAUCGGCUCCGACGCUAACUCGCGGCACCAGAUCUGGGGAAGCUCGGAUACGAACAUUAGAGGUGAGUCGCUUUUUGAUUUCAUUAUUGGCGAAGAUCUUCGCAUUUGUAAUAGAGGAGACUCUCCU